GUUCCUACUUUGGUGCUGAGCUGUGCUCAUUAGAUGUUGAUUCAGAUGGGAGCACUGACUUCCUGCUGGUAGGAGCUCCACAGUUUCAUCUGCCUCAGGUGAAGAAAGAAGGCCGGGUCUACAUCUACUCUGUGAGCGAUGAGACUGUACUGGAAAGUAACCAGAAUGUGACGGGACCAUCCAUGGGUAGAUUUGGCACCACCAUAUCCAGUCUUCCAGACCUGAAUGGAGAUGGACUCCGAGACGUAGCUGUCGGAGCGCCGCUUGAGGAUGAUAAGAGCGGGGCUGUGUAUAUCUACCAUGGCAACAGGCAGAGAGGGAUAGUCAGCACUUUCAGCCAGAGAAUCAUGGGAAAAAAUAUAGACCGUGGGCUGAAAUUCUUUGGAAGGGCCAUCUUUGGGGAUCUCGGGGAGGAUGGACUCCCGGGUGUUGUGGUUGAAUCACAUGGUGCAGCUGUUGUAUUCAGAUCCAAGCCGGUCUUCAACGUCUUGGCUCGUCUGUCUUUUCACCCUGAGAACCUUGACACCCUGAGUCCAGAUAAAAACGUAGCUUUGGUUAAAAUAACAGCAUGCUUUGAAAAGGUCGAAGCAACAAAGAGCAAAGCAGUGCCAGUGAGCUCAGCAUUGAACAUCACAUACACACUUAAUGUGACGAGUCAAGCAGGUCAAAGCAGGUUCAGUCAGACCCUGGAGCUGAGAGAUGAAAACACCUGCGUCAGCUACUCCAUCAACAGAGCAGUAAGAAUGUUGAACAUCAUCUGUUUAUUUAUUCACUCUCUGAUGACUUUAACACAUCGUUCAAUCACCGCUUUUCCUUAA